ACUAUUUGUUUCUCUGAAGCAUGGGUAAAACAUUUAGUAGUAAUAGUAGUCGCUGUUCUUGGGGAUUGUGGAUGGGAGGGUUUGGAGUAGUAGUGGAGCCUAUGAUGAGGAAACUACAAAGCACUUUCUCACGUCCAAAAGGGGUUAUCAAGCAGGGUCAUUUUGUGGUGAUUGCAACACAAGGGUGGAAGCCAGAGAGGUUCUCUAUUGAGUUGGAGUUUUUGGAUCACCCAGACUUUGUCAAGUUGUUAAAGCAAGCUGAAGAAGAGUUCGGGUUCUCUCAGGUGGGAGCCCUUGCAAUUCCUUGCGAACCAGAUGACCUCAAGAGAAUUAUUGCAAGGAAAAAGAAUAGGAACAAGGGUAUUGCUAUUUCCUGUUGGGUUAAAGGGAUAAGAGUUGCUUGAGACCUUGCCAUGCAUGUUUUUUAAUGUUGUCUUAAUUAGUUACUUAAUUUCUUUGUAAGAAGUAGCAUGUUUCGGGUGAUCAUAUCC